AUCUCAAUAUAUAGAAAAUUCUCUUACCCGCCUCCCCUUUUUUUUAAUUGUGAUGUUAUGAUAUCAUUUAUAGGGUAAGAUGGAAAUGUAUCUCUUGUGGAAACUGUAAACAUACUUAAGAUUCUAUCACUUAGGGAGCUUCAGACAGAAGGAUUUUCUUUCCCCUAUAAUCAAGUAUUUAGCAAAGACAACAUGAAGCUCCUUGGACUGUGCUCAGUCGUACAAUCCAACCCUCCCAUACCUUUUUUCUUUUUCUCCUAGAGUAGUUUAGUUGCUUACCUACAGUGAUUCAAAAGUGAGACACUUUGGUUUAUCAUCAAUAUUCUGGUUUCGUCUUUGAUGGGGCUGGUUAUGUGGGGACUGAGCUAUUUCGACAUGCCUUUUGAGCUUUGUCCCUCCGUCAAGGAGCUUGAGAAGUGGAGAUGAGGGACCUCAGAGGUGAUUUCUCCAACCUACCAGCUUAGGAUUCAGAACAGCUAGAUUUCUUUUCAGAGGCUGGAGGCCCAGAUGCACAACCGUGAGAGCCAGGGGGCUGGGUGGCCCAUGGUCACCGCAGCUUGAUUCUCUGAUCCAGCUUUUCCCUUCCUUUCCCUGCCCCAUCCCCAAAGCGCCAGUGAUAGAAUCGUUGAGGUUGGUGACGUGUCGAGGGCUGUCGGCAUAUUCCUUACUUAGGAGUCUUACUCUGAAUGCAUGUGUAAGAAAAUUAUAGAGAGGGUAGAAUCGUGAUUCUCUAUGUCAACAAAAAGUGGUUAUCAGUUAAAAAAUAAGCACUAGAUUGAAAGUGGCAAUAACUGGAUUCUGCCGUCUCCCUUGACCUUGAAAAAGAUCUAUAACUCGUCUGCAUGUUUCUUCGGUGGACCUGGGGUAAUAUGUGUUUCCUAGAGCUUCUGUGUGGUUGAGAUAACCUGCGGGAAGUGUUUUGAACUCCUAAAGGAAUGAUGUCAAGGAGACAAAAGGCAAUGACUGUUAUUACCACAAAGACAGGGAGGAGGAAGGCCUGUGUAGGCACCACCCUUUGGGUCAGCAUUGAGUGGGACCCCCACCGCACUGUGCUGGGAGAGCACGGGAUCUGCAGAUAGAAGAAGGCAUCUCUCUGCAAGCUGAGGACAGGCAGCCAUGAAAGGUGUACUCCUUCCUGGCUUGCCUACUCCUCCUUCACCCAGCCCACCGCCUGGUACCCAGGCUCCUCUGGUCACCUGCCAUGACACAGGAAAAUGAAUCCAAAGAGGCUGGUGCUUCCUACCUGCCUCGAGUGGGGCCGGCUGGGAACACCUUUCUGAGCAGCCCAGCAGUGUGAGCAUACUUGCUCACGCUGCCAUCAGCCAUGUCCUUCAGUGCCACCAUCCUCUUCUCCCCUCCCGGUGGCAGCGAGGCCCGAUGCUGCUGCUGUGCUUGCAAGAGCGAGACCAGCGCGAGCAGCUCAGGGUCCCAAGGCGGGAACCCUCCCUCCAGCACCCCCAUCACGGUGACUGGACACGGUCUGGCCGUUCAGAGUUCCGAGCAGCUCCUGCACAUUAUCUACCAGCGGGUGGAGAAGGCCGUGGGCCUGGCCGAGGCCGCUCUGGGGCUCGCAAGGGCCAACAACGAAUUGCUGAAACGUCUCCAGGAGGAGGUGGGUGAGCUGAGGCAAGGGAAAGCCUCUGCCCCCCACGAGGAUGCGGACAGCCGGGCGCACGGCUCCCCUCCCGAGGAGCCGGGGCCUCUCAAGGAGAGCCCCGGAGAGGCGUGCAAGGCGGCUGCCGCGGCGGAAGAGGAGUGUGACAGCGUGGGCAGCGGCAUGCAGGUGGUGAUCGAGGAGCUGUGGCAGGUGGGAGCCGCCUCGGCCGUGGGGCCCGGGCCCUUGGGCUUCCCGGCCGCGCAGAGAGACGCGCGGCUCCCGGGGUGCCCCCUGGCGGCCGGCGACGCGGCCCCGCUGCUCAAUCCCCUGGUGGAUGAUUAUGUGGCCUCUGAGGGUGCAGUACAGCGGGUGCUGGUCCCUGCUUAUGCCAAGCAGCUCUCACCAGCCACACAACUGGCUAUCCAGCGGGCAACCUCAGAGACAGGGCCAGAAAAUGGAAGCAAGCUGCCACCACCCCGCCCUGAGGACAUGCUCAGUGCUGCUGCUGCGCUGGAAGGUGCCUUGGAAGAGUCAGGCCCUGGGGGAACAGGGGAGCUGAGACACUCUCUAGGGUUUACCGCUUCCCCAUGCAGGACCAGAGGGAGUGGGCAGAAGAACUCCAGGCGCAAGCGGGAUCUGGUACUCUCUAAAUUGGUCCACAAUGUGCAUAACCACAUCACCAAUGACAAGAGAUUCAAUGGGUCUGAAAGCAUCAAGUCCUCUUGGAAUAUUUCAGUAGUGAAGUUCCUUCUGGAAAAGCUCAAGCAGGAGCUGGUGACCAGUCCCCACAAUUACACUGAUAAGGAACUGAAAGGAGCCUGUGUAGCCUACUUCCUUACUAAGAGGCGUGAGUACCGCAACUCCCUGAACCCCUUUAAAGGCCUGAAGGAAAAAGAGGAGAAGAAGCUUCGAAGUCGCAGAUACCGGCUUUUUGCCAACCGAUCCAGCAUCAUGAGGCAUUUUGGACCUGAGGACCAACGCCUGUGGAAGGAUGUGACAGAGGAGCUGAUGUCAGAUGAAGAGGACAGUCUCAAUGAGCCAGGUGUCUGGGUGGCCCGGCCUCCCCGGUUCCGGGCCCAGCGCCUCACGGAGCUCUGCUACCACCUGGAUGCCAAUUCUAAGCAUGGCACUAAAGCCAACCGUGUGUAUGGGCCUCCCUCAGACCGAUUACCUUCUGCUGAGGCCCAGCUCCUUCCACCAGAACUUUAUAAUCCUCAUUUCCAAGAAGAGGAAGAAGAGGGAGGUGAUGAGAAUGGACCUGUCUCCCCAUCUUUCGACCAACCCCACAAAACCUGCUGUCCUGACUUGAACUCAUUCAUUGAAAUCAAGGUGGAAAAGGAUGAAUGAAAUCUAUAACCAAGAAUAACUCUGGAUUCUGCCAUUCCCCAUGUCCCAGGAAUGGGACUUCCCAGAAUAACAAGAUGUCUCUCUUCUCACCACAGUCCCCAAUGGAAGUGAAGCUGGCAGCUGUGGUGGGAUAAAAA